CUCAAGUUCUAAGUUCUAACCAUAUCACUUGUCUUAGCUAAUUAGCCAUACUCAAUCUCUGUAUGGAGCGCUAUCAGGUGGGAUUCAGAUUCCUUCCGACUGAGGAAGAACUCGUCAAUAACUACUUGAUGAGCAAGGUACUUGGACACAACGAUGGUGGCGUCAUCCCCGAGCUCGAGGAUUUCUAUGCGCACGAUCCUUGGGAUUUACCUAGAUUGUAUCAGAAAAUAUCGAAUAUUCCAUCGGAUGGGUUGGAUUGGUACUUCUUUUGCCCUUCUCCUUACCUAGCCCAAAAUAGCGAACGUGUCAAAAGGCAAACAAGAAGUGGUAAAUGGAAGAUCACUUGCCAAAGGGAUAACAUAAAAACUCGAGACACCAAGGCUUUAAUAGGCACCAAGAGGAUUUUGGUCUUUUACAAUGGUCGCGCCAAGACCGGAUGGGUCAUGCAUGAAUACCACAUGAAUCCCAAACUUCUUAAUGGAUACUCUUCCGCUUUCCAGAUACCCUAUAUCCUUUGUCGUUUGAAGAGGAAACCGAGUGAAGGCUUGGAUAUAUCCCCUAGUUUUGAAGGAGGAUCAAGCGUAACUGAUGACACCGCAGCUGCUUCUCAACAUGAGUGGACAGAGGACACAGAUCAGGAGUCAUCGUUUCAAGCGACCAUGGAAUCACUCCCACCACUGCAGACGCUCGCUGACAACUUGCCGAACUACAACUCGUAUCGCUCUUUCGUUCCGCAGCCCUGCGUGUACGACGAUGGCCAGGGCGAUGAUCCUUGGUGGGCCUUGGAACGUGAAGAUUACCACAAUUAGCUCCUCAACAAUGUGGCCUUGCAGGAUCAUGCGUUAGAAAGUUUUCAUGUCCUGCGAGUGGGUUAUGUGUGUUUUUUGUAUACCAAUAAACAUGAGACGUAUUUGUACUGCGUAUUCCGUACUGCACUUGUGCUAAUCAAAUGGUUG